GGAAAGCAGGAAUUCUCUUACCAAUUGACAACAAACAGUGAUUGUGUGUGUGAUAACAUCAUCACCAAUCACCAUGGGGUCGCACACACCCAAAACAUAACUUCCAAAUAAACUUUCCUCUUUCGAUCGAUCAUCUUUCCCGUCUCCUCAAUUUCCCCCUUUAGAUCUUCCUAAUUUCUCCCACUCACCUUUUCAAUUCCCACAUCAAUUCUAAUUCACUGUAAAAAAACCCAGAGAAUCAAAGAACAUCACUUACACCCAGAUCCGAGGACUCCAAUUUUGUAAAAAUUCAGUUUAGGGAAUUUUUCUGGGUUCAAUUAUUACUUUUUUCUGGGGUUGUUGAACAUUUUCUGGAGAAUUGUUUUGAGUCAACUACUGAAUACAAAUGCCGGAAGAAGAUCUUGUGGAUAUAAAGUUCCGGUUAUACGAUGGAUCAGAUAUUGGUCCGUUUCGUUACUCAUCUGCCUCGACUAUUGAGAUGUUGAAAGAACGAAUUGUCUCCGAGUGGCCCAAAGGAAAAACUGUUAUACCAAAGGUGGCAAAUGAGAUUAAGUUAAUAAACUUUGGUAAAAUACUAGAGAACAAUAAGACUGUUGGCCAGUGCCGGGCACCUUUUGGUGAGCUUACUGGAGGAGUCAUGGUUAUGCAUGUUGUUGUACAGCCAUCUCAAGCAAAGACUAAAGCAGAGAAGAAGAUUGAAGAGUCGAAGAAAUUUGUUUGCUCAUGCUGCAUUAUGUAGGAAAGAAAGCGUGCAGACUCAUCAAGUAGAUGGAUAAUUGUGCAUCAAGAAUGGGAGGCAGGAGGUUGCUGGAGCUUAUAUUAAAGCAAGUUAUAUCAUUCUGUAUCCUCACUGACAAUCUGCUAGCCUCAUGAUUUUCUUGAAAGCUUUGCCUUCUUCUUUUUUCUUUUUUUUGGUGUACCAGUAACACGAAGCUGUAUAGAGCUAUUUGCUGUAAUGGAAAACCACAAUUAACUGUGAAGAAUAUAUAGCCGUUGUGUGCG